CCGGGGCCGGUGCCGGUGCUCGGCGGGCUGCGGGCGGGCGCGAUGGAGCCGCCCGAGGGCUGGGACCCGUACGGGCGGCCGGCCCGGCGGACGCAGUGGCUGGUGAGCGCCCUGGCCUACCACUACGGGCUGGACCGCGGCGUGGAGAACGAGAUCGUGGUGCUGGCCACCGGCCUGGACCAGUACCUGCAGGAGAUCUUCCACCACCUGGACUGCGCCGGGGAGGGCCGCAUCCCCGGCGAGGAUUUCCGCACGCUGUGCCAGGUGCUGGGGCUGGGCGAGGAGGCGGCGGCCGACCCCGAGGAGCGCCUGGCGCUGCGGGAGGGCCUGGCGGCCGAGCUCACCUUCCGCCAGUUCCACGCCCGGCUCUGCGGCUACUUCAGCACCCGGGCGGGCAGCGCCCCGCGCCGCGCCGUGCCGCGCCUGCCGCUGGGCCGGGAGAGCGAGCACAUCGAGACCCAGAUCCGGCUGCGCAGUCCCCGCCGCCGCCGCCGGGACGCGGCCGGGCACGGCUCGGCGGGGCGGCGGGGGGGCGGCGGGGAGGCGGAGCGGCGGCCGGCGGCGCCCUGCUCGCGGGAGUGCUACGAGGAGAUCGUGGCGCUGGAGCAGGCCGAGGACCGCAUCGCCAAGCUGGAGGAGGAGAACGGCAACCUGCGGGAGCUGGUGGAGGAUAUGCGGGCAGCCCUGCAGAGCAGCGACGCCCGCUGCCUGGCCCUGCAGGUAGGACUGCGGAAAAGCCACGCUAACCAUAAAGAAGAGGGGACCUGUUUUAUAGAGAGUAAGAGACAGUUAACACAGGACAACUCCCAGACCAAGUACCUUCAAAGUGUCCUGAAAGAAGUGGAACUCAUCCGGAGCUCCAGGGAUGGGCAAAUUGAAGAAGCAAUUAGGUUCAACCAAGAACUGGAACGAGAGCUGAAGAGCUCUCAGGAAGCAUUAGUCAAUCUGGAAGACUGCAACCGUAACCUGAAGAGGGAACAAGCAGAAAUGAGGAAGAAGGUUGAAGAGGCCAGACAUGCAGUCCUUAACAGUCUGGGCAAAGUGAAGGAGCUAGAAGUGAAGGCUAACGAAGUGCCACACUUGCAAAUAUACAUUCAGCAGCUAGAAUCGGAACUGCAGCACUAUAGAUCAGAAAUUGUGAAAUUUCAGCUUCUCUCAGGAAGCAGCCCAGAGGAGAAAGAUGCAGCAGCUUCACCAGAUGGAAGAUACUGCUUAUCUGUUGUGCAGCAAGAUCGAAUAUCUCCCACUGGCGGAGCUGGGAUUUCCGAGAACGCAGAUGACCAGCUGUUCCGCUCUGUGGAGGGCCAGGCUGCCUCUGAUGAAGAGGAGGAGAAGUGGGCAGGAGACCAGCAAUCCCAGGUGGCCCAGGUGAAGAAAAUACUGGCCAAGCUCCCUUGCUGUGGCAGCGGAUGUGAUGAAAAACUGCAGAAGAAGUUGAUGUCGUACUUGGAGAUCACUGAUGCUGAUGGCUCUGAAACAGCCCCUGCAGAGCUGGAGGAGAGAAACACACAGCUAACCGAGCAGCUGGAGCUUAAGGGACAUGAAGUGAAAAAACUGGAAACAAACAUGGAAGAGAUGAAAGGCCCAUUGGUAACUGAACUGCAGCAAAAGGUGGAGGAGACCGAAAUGCUGAAGAUGGAGCUACAGAUGUUGGAGACUGAGAGAGUUAGGCUGUCGCUGGUGGAAGAAAAGCUCAUGGAUGUUUUGCAGCUUCUUCAACAGCUUCGAGACUUGAACAUAUCUAAACGAGCCUUGGGGAAAAUCCUGCUGAGCACUUUGGAAUCCUGCCGUGACACCCAGCACGGAAAAGCCCACCUAUUUGAAGUCCUAGAUACUCUCUACCAGGAGCUGACAGCCUGUGAACUCCUACAAAGCCAGCCCCUGGAGAAGGCGCAGAGUUGCCAGUCCUUGUCCAAUCCACUGGUCAUCUCAUGCUGAGCGGUGCUGCCAGCUGUAACCUGCACAACCGGCUGAACGACGGCCCUCAUGCAUUCAGCCACUGGAUGAAUGAAUAAGACUUGUCCAAUUCGAAGGAGCUCAGUAAUAGAAAAGAGCAAUAGAAUAAUUAAGCCACGCUAUCAAAGGUAUGCUGCUUCCAGGAAGAGCGCCAGUUCCUCAGCUGACAGCAGUCUACCCUGACGUGCACAAGCUUUCAGGUUACGUGAGCAUUUCGUAGCAAUGCCCGUCUCUGACAGCAGCCUAACCAUCCUUGUACAGCCCUGGGACUUCACUGGUUAACCAAAUAAAAAGAAUCCCAAAUACACCGACCUGACCCAUUUAGAUUUACAGCCCUGGUUACACACUGCCUGGGCACAAUUUCUAGCUUUUGUGAUAGUUCAAAAGCAAAAGGCAGCCUAUGAAUUUACUGGCAAGUAAACUGCUUCUGUAACAUACGAGUAACAAAGUGACUGCAUUAUAAACAUACACACGACUCUAUGCCGGUAGUGAAAGCUUUAAGGACUCAUGUAUAAAAUGUAUGUGUGUGCGUCUGUAUAUGUGAUUCAAUUAUUCAUCUUAUUUAAAGAUAGAUUUGUUAUUGCUCUGCUGAAUUUUAUAUUUGCAAUUACAGAGAUGCCUUAGAAAUCUGCAAGAGCCUUUGCCAAUGAUAGGCUUGGAUUUUAUAUUAAAAUUUACAUUUCACUUCUUGGAAAAGGUACAAUGCAAUCUUGCUCCCAGGGAAGGACUGACAAAUUCACUUUGCAACGGCUGCCAUUGCUGCAUUAGCAAACGCCAUGUGCAGUAAAUGACUUUUUUCUCUCACUGGCUUUCCCUCAGUGCAACUGGAUGCAAAGCUGGGCCCCACUUGCAAAUGCAUUAAAGUAAAACACUGGGCCUAAUCAUGGUGCCACGUAACAUCUUAAUCAUCAACAGAAUAAUUCCUGGAGGCAAAAAUGAAAAAACAUGGGCUGCUUCCAAAAUGCUUUCACUGUUUCAUUCAACUAUCAAACACAGAAACUAAAAGAGCAGAGUUCUGAAAUCAUCCAGAUGGAUUUAUGUUAUUAAAAAGAUGCACUGGGGAGCUUUUAAGAAUGUGAAAUGAUUUGUCAGCAAUGAAAUAAGACCAGACAAUUCAGAACUGUGCAUGUAUGAUUUUGUUCCAAGAAAAUGGAUUUCUUAUUAGACAAAGAUCCUUACCACAAUCCAAUCUGGGGAGAAAGCGGAUUUCUAUUCCCUUUUAUUCAGAAAACAUUAUAUAGGUUGUAUACGCCUCCAUCCAAAAUUGCACUACAUGACUUAGCAUCUGGAAACCCAAAAGUCUAUAAUAUAUAUUUUAAUUUCAUUUUAGAGGGGGAAAAAAGAUGUUUUGCAAGCAAUGGAACGAACUCUAGUCAACAGUGUUUUACCCAGGAUUUUUUCUGGCUUAAUAGAAGAUUAAAAAAUAGAUAUAUAUUUUUAAUGUAGAUUUUUCGUAUAGAUAAGUUAGACAUGACAGAUUUAGUGCAAUAUUCACUCUGUAAGAAAGAAGACCAUAUACUAAUACUAAAUACAAUACUAACAUAAUACUAAGCAUAAGAUACUAUUACUUAUUUUAUACCAGACUUAUGCUACAAAAACUAUACGCUAAAUGUGCAACAGAUAAAGGUUAAAAUGAGAGCACAGUUCCCUGCUCGAGUUCAUUUUCUCCCAAAUCAAGAACAAGUAUCUGCCUUUGUGCAGCUCUCUUGGACAUUUCCAGGAACGUAUAAAGAGAGAAAAUGUCAGCAAGUCAUUAAAUAAGCAUGACCUAUGUGUAUAUUUGGCAGAAGGGGUACCUCAGGAAUAGGUUUGUAAUGCAAGUACAUGCCUGAUUAUGGCUACCUUCAUGUACUGCAGGAUUCUUUCAACACUCAAAUCAAUAUUAUUUACUGUAUCCACUCCAGAUAUACACAUACGUGGCGGCUUGUAUUAUAUACACUUAUGUAUGCCUUAAUAGAGCUAUGCUAACUGUAUACUUUUAGGAUCUUUUUCAUCACUGAGUUUCUACUUCUAAUAUAUUUCUGGAAAUCUAAAUUUAAGUAGAGUGCCGUGCUAAUGACAAAGCAGGGGAGGAGCGAUAUAAUCUGAGUGAGCAGUGCCCAGCUUACCCAAGCAACAGUUGAGCUGCAUUUGGAAACUGGAACAUGUCACUGGCAACCUAAGCUGCUGUUAAGGGAGAAGCAAACAGCUGAGGUAAAAGGAAGCUUUUGUGAAUAAAUAAACAUUUAACUGAUAUAAGAAAAAAAAAUCAUAUCUUGUUAAAUUAGUUAAAUUACUAACAUUUUUAUUUCUUUACAAAAUGGCUAUAUCAGAAUGAUUUUUGAUACAUCAGCAUAUCCUGAUUAAUCUUUUGAAUUGGAUUGGUUUUUUUUUUUUUUUUUUUUUUUUUUUUGGCAUAACUGAAGAGAAUGUUUCAGUGUGGCAGCAAUCCAGGUGCUUCCAAAAAAAGAUGUUUAUUUUAACUUCAAAGAGCAAUUAAUGUGAAGGAAGUCAGACUUGCAGUAUUUCUGUGAGAAGAAUGGAUCUUCAGGAUGGAUCAAGAGGCAGCCCUCAGUCAAAUCCUUGCUGGAAAUCAGAGGCAUAGCAAGGCAUUGUACUUUGAAAGACCUCCUUUGUUUUAUACUGUAGCCUCAAUGUAGCUGUGGCUGAUAAAUAUUUAAUAUGAAGCUGUGUAAAGAAGUGACUUUAAAUCAAUGUAAUUGAGAAAUUUCUAGCUCUGCCUCAAAAGCAGGUAGGCUUCAACAGUUUGAUCUGUUACUUGGAACCCAUUCAAAAGAGACUGCACAGUAAUCUUGGGAAGCAAACCCAAAUCCCUCUGUUUUCUGUAGACCUAGUUCCUUCAGUCUAGUGACUACAGUGGAUUUCAGCUACUUUUUAUUAAA